CUGGCAGAGGACAGGAGUAGGCACCUCACUCACUGCUGCUGUGCCUUUCAGCUUCUCCAGGCCCCUCAUGGGCCUUGAUUCUACUAGCUCCCAGCUGGGCACGGAAGAAUGCUGGCCUGUUAUCGGCCCCCGGGGAACGAGACGCUGCUGAGCUGGAAGGCCUCGCGGGUCACCGGCACGGCCUUCCUGCUGCUGGCGGCGCUGCUGGGACUGCCGGGCAAUGGCUUCGUAGUGUGGAGCUUGGCGGGCUGGAGGCCCGCAAGGGGGCGACCGCUGGCGGCCACGCUGGUGCUGCACCUGGCGCUGGCCGACGGCGCGGUGCUGCUGCUCACGCCUCUCUUCGCGACCUUCCUGGCGGGGCAGGCGUGGCCGCUGGGCCAGGCGGGCUGCAAGGCGGUGUACUACGUGUGCGCGCUCAGCAUGUACGCCAGCGUCCUUCUCACCAGCCUGCUCAGCCUGCAGCGCUGCCUCGCCGUCACUCGCCCUUUCCUGGCGCCCCGGCUGCGCAGUCCGGCCCUGGCCCGCCGCCUGCUGCUGGCCGUCUGGCUGGCCGCUCUGCUGCUCGCCGCCCCGGCCGCCGUCUACCGCCACCUGUGGGGAGACCGCGUGUGCCAGCUGUGCCACCCUUCGCCGACCCACGCCGCGGCCCACCUGAGCCUGGAGACUCUGACCGCCUUCGUGCUUCCUUUCGGGCUGGUGCUCGGCUGCUACGGCUUGACGCUGGCGCGGCUGCGGGGCGCUCGCUGGGGCGCCGGGCGGCACCGGACGCGGGUGGGCCGGCUGGUGAGCGCCAUAGUGCUUGCCUUCGGCUUACUUUGGGCCCCCUACCACGUGGUCAACAUUCUGCAGGUGGUCGCCGUGCUGGCUCCGCCGGAAGGGGCGUUGGCCAGGCUGGGCGGGGCGGGCCAGGCAGCGAGAGCUGGAACUACAGCUUUGGCCUUCUUCAGCUCCAGUGUCAACCCGGUGCUCUAUGUCUUCACUGCCGGGGAUCUGUUGCCCCGGGCAGGUCCCCGCUUCCUUACAAGACUCUUUGAGGGCUCUGGAGAGGGCGGCGGUGGUGGCCGCUCUAGGGAGGGCACCAUGGAGCUCCGAACAACCCCAACAACCCCUCGGCUCAAAGUGGUGGGGCAGGGCCGGGGCGAUGGAGACCCUGGGGGCGGGGUGGAGAAGGACAGUCAGGGAUGGGCGCCUUGACACCAAACCCUACCAACUUGGCCUGCUCUUCCCUACCCCCUUCCAUCGUUCCCCCCCCCCCCCCCCCCCCCCCCCCCCCCCCCCCCCCCCCCCCAGAACUCAGGGAACACCCGGUGCAUUUGGGGAUCCUUCUCUGGCCACAGUUUGGAUCUUUCUGGGCAGGCCCAGGUUCCUCCAAACUGAGGGAUUGCAAGUGGUGAUGGUCCACGUUAAUGAAUAUUGUGUGCUUGCAGGUUGGCACCGGCCCAACAUGCCUGAGCUGCUUACUUGUUGCCAAUAGCUACUGUGAAAUACACUGAGGGUGGGGGGCAUUAUGUGAUGGCUUAAGCAUGCCCCCCAUUGGUAGUUCAUUAUGCCUGAGUUGUACUGAAGCCACCUGGUUCUCUGCUGGGUCAGUCCAAGGCUGGGCACUGCCAGACUUCAGUGGCAUCUUGACUUGUCCUCCUCAGUCCUGGUGGCCUGGUUUCCUUCGGUCAAGCGAUAGAACCACUCCAGAAAUAAAGGGAGAAAGAGGAAGGAAAGGUAUGGGUGCUUGAAUGAAAGAAUGGGACGGGAGUCCUUUUCUGGGGUCUGAAAGAGCUGAGUGGAGAAAAAACCAUCUCUGGAAGGAGAAAGACAAUCUAUGGGGUUAGAAAGGAAAGUUUUUCUGUUAUGGUUGACGCAGUGGGAGACAGAGGCUGGGAACCCUGUCUUCCUCUCUGAAUCCGACUCUU